AUGGCUGCCGCUACCCAAAUGCAACAAGAGGAUGAAAACGCCACCUUCUUCGUAGCGGUUCACGUCGGCGCGGGAUACCACGCGCCUUCCAACGAGAAAGCCCUCAGGUCCGCCAUCAAACGCGCUUGUCUCGCUGCCGCUUCACUUCUCCGCAAGGGUUCUGGUAGAUGCAUAGAUGCUGUUACGGCUGCUAUUCAAGUCUUGGAGGAUGACCCAAGCACGAAUGCGGGUAGAGGCUCCAAUUUGACAGAAGAAGGUCAUGUAGAAUGUGAUGCCAGUAUUAUGGAUGGAAGUUCUGGAGUUUUUGGAGCUGUUGGAGCAAUUCCAGGUGUCAGAAACCCCAUCCAGGUUGCUGCUUUAUUGGCCAAGGAGCAAAUGAUGGGAUCUCCUCUGUUGGGCCGAAUACCUCCCAUCUUCCUGGUUGGUGAAGGUGCCCGCAUAUGGGCGAAGUCCAAGGGCAUUGCUUUGACAUCAAGCACGCCAGCUGCUGAUGAGUGGCUGGUGACAGAAAGGGCAAAAGCACAAUGGAAAAAGUACAAAGCAAUGGUAGAUGAUGCAAAAGGAAAGACAGAAAAAUCUGCUUUUGGACUUUCUUGCUGUCCUCAAGAGACUGCUGGAAUGUCAGAAUUAGAAGGUCAGCCAUGUGAUUCUUUGAAGAGUAAUGGGGCUGAAGAUGAUUGCGUCAUGGACACUGUUGGAGUUAUUUGUGUGGAUGCUGAAGGACAAAUAGCUUCUGGUGCCUCAAGUGGGGGUAUUGCUCUGAAGGUUGGUGGGCGAGUGGGAUUAGCAGCAAUGCAUGGUUCAGGUUGUUGGGCAUCCUCCAAAGGUUUUUUUGGGGCCCCAUGUAUAGUUGGCUGUUGUGUAAGUGGUGCUGGAGAAUAUCUAAUGAAAGGAUUUGCAGCUCGGGAGUGCUGCGUCUCUUUGUCACUUUCACAGGCAGGUCCUGCCUCUGCUUGCAUGAAAGUUUUACGCUCUGUUGUUCAAGAGAGUACUCACAAUUGUACUGAUAGAAGUGCUGGAAUUCUACUUGUGCAAGCUGAUGAUCCCACAACAGUUUCAGGAAGUUCUUCAAAGUUGAAAACUGUAGAGAUUGCAGCUGCUUACUCUUCCUUAUCCUUUGGAAUAGGAUACUUUGGAAGCUCUAUGGAGCGGCCCAAGGUUUCAAUUCUUAGGAGUACAAAAUUGCAAAGCAAAACUGGUGUGGACCAUUUCGAAGCGCGAAUUGACCUUACUGGUGGAAAGCUGCUAUGA